AUGGAUAUAUGGUAUGAAGACGAACGACUAGACUAUGUGACCACAACUGAGGCCAAUAUCUCAAGAAUGGACUUCCAGCUGCACGGCAAGAAGGCCAUGAUUCUGCAUCGCCAGGAACAAUCAGAUGAACAAGGCUCGUUCGAACUUCAAAUUGAGGGCGACCUCAUUCCCCCUUGCUCUCCAGCAUCGGAUACUGAAAAGUAG